GAUAGUUGGGCAAACACGGACCCCUGGACACAUCAGAGGUGGGAUCAAGUGCCUAGGAGGAGUAAGCACCACUGUCGACAUGUCACACCCGCCGUGAACCUCAUAUCAUGAUCAGAUUUUAAAACAAUGAGGGCCUUGACACUUGCACUUUUUACACUGAUGUGUGUGUACGUAUCAGCUCAGUGGAAAAACAAUUGGGACAGGCCGCUAAACUUUCAGUGCCCGUCCACAAAUAGUGCUAUCUCUCACGUCGUAUCCAUGCAUAAUAACAAAAAGGAGGACAGGCGAUUUAAUUUCAACUGUAGACCUGUUCAGGCAGUCUCUGGACCCAUUUCUUGCAAAUUAUCAGGUUAUGUGAAUAGCUACGAUCAGCCAGUCCUUUAUACGUGUCCAAAUGGGGGUUAUCUGAAUGGUGUCUCUAGUGUACACAACAACAAGAAGGAAGACAGAAUGUUUAGAUUUAGAUGCUGUACUCCAAAACCAGGCUAUCACCACAAGAACUGCAAAUGGACUGGUUGGGUUAACAACUGGGAUGAAACUUUUUCAUACUUUGUUCCUCGUAAUUACGUCAUCAGAGGAAUCAACAGUAUUCACAACAAUAAGAAAGAGAUUUCAAAAUUAAGAGUUGGGGAAAUACGGACCUCUGAAUAUACCAGAGAUGGGAUUUGGUGCCCAGGAGAAGUUAGCAUACCUUGUGGACCGCUCAUAAUUGUCAUGAACCCUAUAUCUUGAUCAGGGACCGAAGAUUUAAAUUUGAAAUCUGCCAGAUCACCAACCAUUGAAUUGGAUGCCAGUUACUCAAAUAAUGUAGAUUAAUGCAAUAAAUGCUUUAAAAACAUA